UUUUUUAAAUUCAGUAAUAAUAAUCAUAAUAACGCGUACAAUACACAUUUGAGGUUAUACAUCACGCGUUAUACCUAUGGAUAUCGAUCCAUGUUUACGUAAAAUGAGAUAGAAGAAGACUACAUACUCGAUUCACGCUGAAAAAGACAAAGAUAAAAAACCUACCGUAUCAUGAGACGCACGUGUGUUUCAUAAAAAUUAUUAUUCUUGUUUACAUUUUUUAAAUUAUGAUUUUUUAAAUAAUUUAAUUGAAUACUAACAUCGAAAAUAUUAAUGUUCUCUAUAAUCAUUGUUUAUUUACUUUGACAUAAUAAAAAAAAUGAAAAUUAAUAGAUAAAGAGUUUAAAAAUUAACAAAUUCAAAUUUAUAACCAAACAAUGACUAUUAAUCGUUAUGGUUUAAAAGUGCAUUUGAAUGUUAAAUUACACAUAGCAAAAAAUAAUUUAUGAUGGUUUUUAAAAUUACUCUGCAAUUAUUCAUAAACAGAAGACGAAAACUCAAAUUUGACUGGAUAAAAACUCGAGGAUUUCAUAAGGUGGCUGAUGAGGUACCUGCAACAUCAUUAGUACAAAUUCGUAAAGUAUUUAGGCUUAAAAAUGUACCUAUUCAAGAAGGUCAUGCUUGUAUUGCUAUCAAUUGUCCUAUUUGUAAGCCGAAGAAAGCUAGUGAAUUCAACGUAUUUGUAAAUAAAGCAACAGGAUAUUUUAUGUGCCAAAGUUGCCGACAUACUGGUACUUGGGAUAAUUUAAUUCAGUUUUUGGAUUCCAAAAAGCCUGAAGAUUUUAAAAAGUUGAAGGACAGUCUUUGUAUCGAAGAUGAUUUCACAGACAAAUGGAAUGCAGUCCAAAGUAAUAGUCAAAGUUUUGUUAAUAUUUCCGAAGAAGACUGCAGGGAUAUUCUAAGCAAAUAUAAAUUGCCAUCUGUAUCAAAAGGACAAAUGGAGCAAUUAGAUUGUCACUAUGAUAAAUCAUCUUCAACGCUGUACUUUCCUUUAAUUGGGGUCGGAAACCGAGUUUCAGGGUUCAAAAGUCUAUCUGCAGAUCCAGUGAUCACGGAAACGACGAUUCCUAGAAUGGAUGCUCACGGUUUGAUUAUUUACAAAGAAAAAAAGAUGAAGAAUGAUAGUACCGUGGUUAUAGUUCCUAGCAUUGAGGAUUUGUUGGCGUUAAUAGCCGAAAAAUCAGCCAACGUCGUUAUAUGUCUACCUUACAAUCUUCAGCAUAUGCCACUGCAAAUUUUGCCUCUGAUGGAGUCAUACAAGAAAUUAAUUCUCUGGUUUGGAAACGACGCAGCGAGUUGGGAUUCAGCGAGACACUAUUCCAAAAAAUUAAACGAGAAACGUUGUUUCUUUGUGAGGCCAACUAAUCAACAGCCUCGACCCAAAAUUGCUGCUCUCGAAGGGUACAAUCUUAAGAAUAUUAUUGCUGAGGCUCAGCCGAUUUGGCAUAAAAGCAUCACGACUUUCAAUACUCUGCGUGAAGAUGUGUUGAGUGAUUUGCAGAAUAUUGAUAAAGUUCAGGGAGUUAAAUGGACUAGGUUUCCUACUUUAAAUAGAGUAUUAAAAGGACAUCGCCGAGGAGAAUUUACUGUACUUACUGGACCCACUGGUUGCGGAAAAACGACUUUCAUGAGCGAGUACUCUUUAGAUCUAGCAAUGCAAGGUGUAAAUACCCUGUGGGGAAGUUUUGAAAUCCGAAACGCAAGACUUGCUAGGACGAUGCUUCAGCAAAUGGCCGGAGUGCCAUUAGACGAUAAUAUUCAAAGCUUUGAUACCUUUGCCGACGAAUUUGAAAAGCUGGCGAUUUAUUUCAUGACUUUUCAUGGCCAACAGAGUAUAGACGUCGUCAUGGAGGCCGUUGAGCAUGCCACCUACGUCCACGAUAUUGCUCAUGUGAUCAUCGACAAUGUGCAAUUUAUGAUGGGAAUGUCCGAACAAUCUAAGCACGUUGAUAGGUACUGGAGGCAGGACAUGAUUGUCUCGCAAUUUCGUUCUUUCGCUACUAAAAGUAACUGCCAUGUCACACUGGUAAUUCAUCCGAGGAAAGAACGCGUUGAAGAAGAACUUACCACUGCCUCGAUUUUCGGUGGCGCAAAAGCUAGUCAAGAAGCUGAUAAUGUUUUAAUUAUCCAAGAUAAACGAUUGAUUAGUGUUCGGGGAAAAAAGUAUUUACAAAUUGCCAAAAAUCGUUACAGUGGCGAUUUAGGAAUAAUGAAUUUAGAAUUCGACCGUAAUAGUUUAAGUUAUCAACAAAAGAAAAAACAAAAAACAACAGAUACCUCAAAAGAAUCAGAUGAAAAUAUUAAUAAUUAAUUAUAAUUAUUAAUUAAAAUACACAGUAGUUAUUGAAAAAAAAAA